AUGAUCCUUGUUGAUAGCCCCGACCCUGAGGCGAGGGUGUUUUGUUAUACCCCCGUUCCUCCUUCUCCCACCUCCUUUCCGCCAUUUAGCCCUCCGCCGUUCACGACUACGACGGCAUUCAUCUCCCCACCUACGCUCUCACCAAUAUUUCUCCCCUCUUCUUCUUCGCCAAUCUUCGAGUCACCGACGCCAUCGAUAAGCCCUUCUCCGACUUUUGUGACUCCGACGUCGACAAGUACACCGAUUUUCGUAUGUACUACGCCGUCGAGUUCCGUAUUCACUACACCUUCACCGAGCAUUACAUCUACUACACCUUCGCCGAGUUUCGUGUGUACUACACCAUCGUCGAGUGUCUCGCCAACUACCUCCAGCUCAAGAAGUAGCAGUCCACCACCCAUCAGCAGCAGUAGCUCGUCGUCGUCUAUUGUCCUAUCUAGCAGCUCAUCUUCAAGCAUUCCGCCAAGUAGUACACCGCCCUUCAGUACUUCAUCGAGUAUCAUCUCUUCAAGUACACCUAUCAUUAGUUCUAGCAGCACUCCCGACGUCAUUUCAAGUACUUCUUCUGAGAGCUCUAGUAUCGUGGUCUCUUCAAGUUCCUCUGAAAUACUUUCAGAGAGCAGCUCGAGUGUCAUUAUCAGCAGUUCCAGUUCAGAGAUUAUAUUUAGCGACUCAUCUACUCAGCUGCCCUCUGAAUCAAGCACUCAAACGCCAGCUGUCACUUCGGAAUCAAGCAGCAUCCCGCCUACCGUAACGUCGGUAUCAUCCAGUCAGCCGCCUGUUACCACAACACCGACGUCGUCUCGCAGUGCUACCUCUGCUACUACUCCAUCGGUUUCUCCUUCACCUUCGGUGACCCCGUCUGUGUCUAGGCCUAGCCAAUCUACCACUCAGAUUCUAUCCCCGAGUGUGUCUCGAAGCGUCACUUCAGGGAGCCCGUCUGUAUCCCAACCGACAGUAUCGUCUCCCACUAUUAUCCCUUCCAUCAGCCUAUUGUCCGGCUCGCAAACACCCCAGACGAGCCCUACUCAAAGCACGAUUCCAACAUCGGGAACUCCUAGUAUCUCGAGCCCUGCGGCUUCGGAAACCCCGUUAUCCAACAUACUGUCCCCCACCGUUUCGCCAUCUGGCUCACCUACUGUGAGUCCUAGUAUCUCUGGGACUCCUUUGACUCAGUCUCCAGGCUCUACCCAGUCUCCAGGCUCUUCUCAGUCUCCGGGCUCUACCCAACCAACUGCAUCCAUACCAUCAGCGUCCAUUUCAAGUGGAAGUGUUCCCUUUGCGUCCAACACUCCUCAGUCGGCAACCACUGGGCCUUCCGAGACCCCUUCCGCGCUUUCGGCCACUGAAACACCAACGGCCAGUCCUACGGGGUCCGAGACUGUUCAGAGUGUGCCAUCUGCGACCAACUCUGCCUCUGGGAGUAUCACAGCACUCUCUGCCCUUUCGGAGUCAACGCCUGCGACUGCCUCAAACACGGUGUCACCCCUCAGUCAGGAAUCGGCGUCGAAUUCUGUCACUCAAGCUUCUGCUUCCAACUCAGCUACACCGCUGCAGAGCCAAAGUGAUACUCAGACUCCCGCUACAUCAGCAUCUCCCAGCGCAAACACUCUUGAGACGCCGUCACAAUCUCUGUCUUCGAAUCCCACACAAACUAACCCUUCUGCGUCUGCUACGAAUCCUACAGCGACCCCUCCCUCUGCUAGCGCUCCAUCAGCAACAAACACACAGUCUGCCUCAGCAACAGCGUCGGCGACAGCGUCAGCUACUCAAAGCGCCUCCAUCUCCGCGAGCGCCACAGAGUCCACCGCGUCAGCUUCAGAGUCGGCUACCGCUUCCGCUUCGGAAUCAGCCCCAGUUCGCGCCGCGGAAACCCCGACGGAAACAACGUCUGAAAACAAGCCAACAGACACAGUAGCUCCCCCGGUCCCCGACACAAACCAAGUCACAGUCCAACAGGCGGUCGUGGCAAACUUUGUCCCAAUCAUCCUCAGCCGAGCCUUCGUCUUCGCGCUUAACACCGCAUACACCCCUAUCGCCGCCUUUGAGCCUAUACGUCAGCUUAUGACUGAUGGAGGAGCCUCAGGCGCAGCGCUUGCCGGCUCUGCCAUCAGUCUCGCUCCCAUUGCCGCUAGCUUUUUUAUCGCCGACAUUGGCAGCGCGGUGUCUGUCGAAGCAGUAACCCCCGACGCGUGGUGGUGCGACGCACCAGUCACACCUACAAACCUCACGCCCUGUCCUCCCCGUCUCAGCGUUAACACCUGGGCGAUAAGCAUAAUGACAGCCGGCCUGGCCACCGUCGCAUUGUCUCUUAUCUUUAUCAUCGGACUCUGGUUCAAGACACCCUCCCGCAUCAGUGUCGAUACAACAACCAUCUCCGGCGUCGCUACGGUCAUGGGCCACCCGCAAGUCGAGCGGGACUUCGGUGCCAUCCCAUCCAACAUGACGCACACGCAGCUCGCAGUCCAUCUCAAAGACAAGAGAUUCACGCUCGGCACCUUCCUCUCCUCUCGUGGCGAGGAGUUUGGUCUCGUUCCCAUUCUAUCCAGGGCGAACCAGGCCCCCUCCCUCAUUCAACGCCUCGAGUCCAGCGCCGUCGAGAAGAAGGCCAACCUCACGCCAGCGGCCCCAUGGACACGCAUCCGCUUUGUCAUCGACCUCCUCUUCGUCGGCUUCCACGUCGGGCUGCUGGCUUUCGCCAUCGCGGCCCUAGCAAACGUGAAUCACCCCCGCCGCAUGUUCUCUUACACCACUCGCGCACAGACAAUCGGCGUGCGUAUAGGAAUCAGCCUCAUAGGCAUCUUCAUGGCCAAGUACUGGACUCUCGUGUUCGCCGACGCGCAGAACUUUUCGCCGUACAGCCGUAUGCACGCCAAGCCAUCCCGUGCCAAAGACACGAUUCUGAGGAAGAGCUUCGCCGUCCCUCUGUUCGCCAUCAUCCCCUUUGCGAAGAUGGGAUACAUCAUCCCCGCCGCCAUAGCCUUUGCCGCUCUCAUGGCCGAAUUCUUCGUCGUGGUCAUUAGCGGUCUCCCCUGGCGACCUGGCCAGCUCCGCGGGGAGUACAUCUUCUGCAGCGUCAUGUGCUUGUUCAUGACGAUCUCUAUGCUCAUCGUCCAGGGGCUGGUAUUUUACUGGCGCGCGAACUUGCCCCCGCUACCUCGUAGACCGGACUCCGUCGCUGCGGUCAUGACGUACGUCGCUGAUACGUCCAUGAGUCGCGACUUUGAUACCGUGGCGGGCAUGGAGAAGAAGGUCGCCCGCAAAACGAUCAAAGAUAUGGGCAAGAUGUACGGGUAUGGUUUGAGGGUCGAAGAGGAUGGGAGACAGAGAUGGGUUGUUGAUGAGGUUGCGACGGGUUAUGAGGGCUCUAGACAGCGGAGUCCCGAGCAUGUGGCAUAA